AUGGAGCGAGCGCAUUCUCUUCUCACCAGCACCACCCGAUCCAUUAGCAGCUCGCGGUCCAGUACUCGCUCGUCCCGCUCAAACUCAUUACUCAACACAACACCCAGCCCGGAGAAGGGGGAGUUCUUCCUCCCCGCGCCAGCCACCACGAUCUCACAGCCGAAAAUCAGGGUGCGGGCGAUACUAGGCCACUGCCUGUAUCGUAGGGUCGUGAUAUGGACCGUGACGAUAUCCAUGCUUAUCGCGCUGGCGUACCUCAACACGCCCUUAUACACACGAGACGGCAAGAUCUUGGGAGAUGACUACAGGAUAGGCGGCAUCGGGGACUCCCCGAAGAAGCAUGGCAAGCCAGCACCGCCCGAAGAAGACCUCAUCAUCGACAGUGACAUGCCGCCAUGGCUCAAGUUCAAACACCUCAACGGCUACUUCAACGGCCUCAAGUCCAUCGUCCCCAUCGCCAACCACACUCCCGAAUACCCCAACAAUUCUUUCCCGGCACCGGUCACAGCCGUGCCCAUUUACCAUGAUACCCCUCCCGUCCCCACCCCCUACGCAGCUCACCCGGAUUACGCAUCUACAGAGUAUCGGAGAGAAUACUACCCCGUCCGCGAAUGUUUUAUCGACGAAAACGACAAGGUUGCCGUCCCGGACAUCUACGCCUUCGACGGCGUACCUCAGAAUCAGCCUGACCCGGCCAUCGGCUCGCACACUGUGCUCGGCCUUCGCAAUGACGUUUGCUUCGAUCGUUUCGGACGCUAUGGCCCCUACGGUCUCGGGUACAGCAUCAGCGAGGGCGGCACGUCUCAGGGCCUGGAUACCGAGCAGGAGGGCGCCGAAGCCGUCUGGGCCAAGACUGGCAAGAUCGACUACAGCCGUGUCGACUGGGGCGACGCUCAGGAGCGGUGCGUUGAACGCAACAGCGCCCGCUUCAGCAACGGCACGGGGGAUAGCAGCUACAAUUCCAUCCACAGCGAGCCCGAAAGCACGGAGGGCGGCCUCAAGAAGACGGACCGCAUCGCCGUCGUUGUCCGCACUUAUGUUGGGUUCGAAUGGACCCAGCUCGCCAUUGUUAACUUCCGCGCCAUGAUCUCGGAGCUCUCGCUCAAGUCCGGCGGCGAGUACACCGUCCAUUUCCUCCUCCACGUCAAGGACAACGAGGCGCCCAUCUGGUCGGAUCCGUCCGUCAUCCAGAGCAUCCUCGACGCCAACGUGCCCACCGAGUUCCACUCCAUGUGCACUCUCUGGUCCGAGGCGGAGAUGAAGCUGUACUACCCCGGCCACUUCGCCGACGCCAUCGAGAACCCGUCCAACGGCGACAUCCACGGCGUCUACCGGAGCGCGCAGAUGCCCCUCCAGGUCUUUGCCCUCCAGCACCCCGAGUACGCCCACUUCUGGAACUGGGAGAUGGACAUGCGUUAUAUCGGCUCUUACUACGAACUUCUCGACCGCCUCGGGUCCUGGGCCAAGGCUCAGACCCGGACCCUCCUCUGGGAGCGGUCGGCCAAGUACUACAUCCCCGCUGAGCACGGGUCUUGGGACGAGUUCGCCAACAUAGUCGAGAAGGAGCUCAACGCUUCCGGCCGCCGCGCCGUUCUCGGCCCCCAGAUCUUCCCCGGCCGCAUGUCGCUCAAGAGCGAGGAAGCCGGCGCCUCGAUCCUGCCCCCCUCGUGCUCCCGCGGUAGCGAUCCGUCCGAGUGCGGCGUCGGCGAGGAAGCCGACCUCAUCACGCUCAACCCCCUCUUCGACGCGGACGAGUCCGGCUGGGUGUUCGCCAAGGACGUCACCGGCUACGAAAUGGUUUUCGCUCCGCCGCCGCGCCGAUGCGCCAUCGUCACGGCCUCGCGGAUCUCCCGCCGGCUCCUCGCUGCAAUGCACGAGGAGAUGUGGCGGAUGCACCACAGCAUGUUCUCCGAGAUGUUCCCGGCCAGCAUGGCGCUGCACCACGGCUUCAAGGCGGCCUAUGCGCCGCACCCCGUCUUCCUGGACCGGGCGUGGUAUCCCUACAGCACUAUCGAGAAGGCCUUCAACGGCGGCCGCGACGGCACCACGGGGGGCCACGGCAGCCCCUUUGAUCUCAAGAACGAGCACAACCACAAGGGCACGAGCUGGUACUACAACUCCGAGUUCGCCGGCCUCCUGUGGCGCCGGUGGCUCGGGUACGCCCAGAUGGACGGCCGCGGCAACAAUGGCGGCCGCGCCGGCGAGGGCUCCCUCCGCGGAGGGCAGGAAGAGGAGUCCCACAGGGACGGCUCGGGUCGGUUGUGCAUGCGCAGCAUGCUGUUGCACCCGAUCAAGUGGGAGAACCCGGGCGAGAGGAACUGA